AUUGUAUUGCAUAUAGACAGAAACAGACAGCCUCCACAGUACCACCACCCCACCACCGACGCCCUCCACUAAAAGAGAAACCCAAAGCACACGUUCCUUUCUGUAAUAUUCAAGAUCACCAAGUGAGAGGUACUGGGAAUUUAACAAACAUUUCAAAAACCGUGUCUCGUCACCUUUACAAUGAGUGCCAUACUUUUAAAAAACCUUGCCUUGUUACCUUUCAAAUGCCUAUAUAUAGGGUUACCACUUCAAGCAUUUCCAGUCAACAAAACAUACUGGCUUCUCAUAUAGCGAGUGACACGCAUAAACAUACAGAUACAUUGAGCCGCGAGAGUAUAAUCUGGAAAUGGCAAGUCCAAGAGUGUUAGGGACUGCUUUCCUGGUCUUGCUUAUUGUAGACCUCACCCUUGCUGCUAGGACACUGCAGGCAAUCAGUGGAGGUGGAGGUGGGGGGCAGGGAGGAGGAGGUGGUGGUGGUGGUGGUUCAGGACUUGGGUCAGGUUACGGUUCUGGGUAUGGAUCCGGGAGUGGUGAAGGAUAUGGUGCUGGUGGUCGUGGAGGAGGAGGUGGUGGAGGCAGUGGCGGAGGUGGAGGUGGUGGCAGUGGUGGAGGCAAUGGGUCAGGUUCUGGCUAUGGGUCUGGUAGCGGCUCAGGCUAUGGUUCUGGUAGUGGGAUAGGUGGUGGUGAAGGUGGUGGUGGUGGCGGCGGCAGCGGAGGAGGUGGCGGUGGCGGUCAAGGCUCUGGAUCUGGAAGUGGGUCGGGCUAUGGAAGCGGAAGUGGAAGCGGUAGCGGAAGUGGUGGUGGAAAGGGUGGGAAAGGAAGUGGAGGAGGAGGAGGUGGAGGUGGUGGUGGUGGUGGGGGUGGAGGAGGAGGAUCCGGCUCUGGCUCAGGUUAUGGUAGCGGGUCUGGCUACGGGGAGGGAUAUGGAGGAGGGAAAAGCUAAGUCUCGUUUUCUUUUCUUCGACCAGCACUGACCCAUUGGUCAAAAUAAAGGAUGCACACACAGUGGUUACCAUUUCUUUUGUAUUCUGAAAUAAAAUUAUGGGAGCUCACACAUGCAUGCAUGUAGCAUGUUGCCAUGACAACUAUGCAUGUAUUUCUAUAUAUAAAUCUCUUAAUAAAAUCACUUUUUAGAGUACAAUUUACUCUAAAAGUAUAUUUUUCAGAUAA